AUGAGAGACAUGAGAGAGGGUGCCAUUUGCACUAAGUCGUUAGCUGAAUCUGAGAAACAACAUUGGCUCCAAAGAGAGGCUACCUUAGAAGAAACAAUCAAACAAUUACAAAAGGAGACGGACUUGCACAUACAGAAAGAGAUUGGUGUAUACUAUGGUACUCCACAAGCGACAUUUGGAGGAAUUGCAUUAAAAUUCUUUGCCUCAGUUCGGCUUGAAAUAUGUUCUACAGGGAAGAUAAAGUCUGUAAAUGGAGAGGAAGUAAUUGGAGUUCGGGUUCAUGUAAGAGUGCAAAAGAGCAAGGUAAUUUUGAAUGCAUCAAAAUGGAUUCUGUAUCUAUGAGGGUUGUACACCAUGUACAGAAAUAACAUUUCUAUUACUUUUGCCUUUAUGAUUACUUGAGCAGUAAUUGCACUUUCAAUAUAAAUUUCAUAACUGGUAUGAAGUAUGACAAGUUGUCUUGCCAAUUCUUAAAGGUUA